AUGGAGCGAGUAGGCGGCAACUUUGUCGCGCCUGGCCAGCAGCGCUACCUGCGCGCCUGCAUGGUCUGCUCCAUCGUGAUGACACAAACUCGCUUCAGGCAAGAAGGCUGCCCCAACUGCGAAGAGUUCCUGCACCUCAAGGGCGACCCGGAGGCGAUCGAGACGUGCACAUCCCAGGUCUUCGAGGGCCUGAUCACGCUGGCCAACCCGGCCCGGAGCUGGGUCGCCAAGUGGCAGCGCCUCGACAACUACGUCCAGGGCGUCUACGCCACCAAGGUCUCGGGCACCCUGCCCGAGGAGGUCAAGACCGUCCUCGAGGAGGAGUACCGGAUCACCUACAUCCCGAGAGACGGUAGCGCCGUGGAGACAGAGUAG